AUGAGUCCCUCAUUUCGGAUAGUAAUUAUUUAUGGGAGCCAAACUGGCACAGCCCGUGGUCUUGCUGAACGCUUGGCUCUACAAUGUUGCAAGUUACUUCGUCUUCGCAAUUACCCAGCUGACUCUCCAACUUCUCUUCUUCACCUCUGCUCAGCGAAUGACUACUCUCCCUUGCAGCAAUUGGCAAACGAACCUGGACCCGUUAUAUUUGUCUGUUCUACAACGGGCUGCGGGGAUCCACCAGACAACAUGGCUAUUUUCUGGCGCAAGCUCAUGAAUGUUAAAUUGCCUGAGGGACGAACUUUUCCUACUACUUUGCGGUUCGCAGUUCUAGGCGUCGGAGAUUCUUCGUAUAAGCAUUAUAACUUUGUUGCAAAAAAGCUUUAUCGACGAAUGGUCCACCUUGGUGCCUCUCCACUUCCUGUGUCCUUGGCUUUGGCCGAUGCGGAGCAGGACAUAGGAUUGGGUCUGGCCGACGAAUCUGCUCCUGAAGGUCUUGUGGCCUGUCUUCAACGUUUUAUGCCGUCCUUAUGGAACACACUUAUUAAUCAUUACUCAUCAAGUGUACAGGCCAUUGGUUCUCUUGCAUUUCCAAUUACGUGGGAGGCCCUAGAGUCCCCCGAUUUUAUAUCCUCUUUUCAACCUAGGUUCCAGGUUCGUCGGGUACGAAAAAGGGAGGGCGGGGAACUGAAUCUAGUCAAUGGAAUUCAUUUCCGCAAUGAGGAUGUGCUUGCAGACGUGAUAGAUUCAACAGUCGCUAGGGACGAUGCUAUGUUUAAGACACCCCCAAUGCCAUUAAAUGCUUGUUGGUUUUUGGUCAAGUCUAACGAACGACUGACACCGGAAAAAUAUUUUCAAGAUACACGGUUAAUUCGGUUGGAGUCGGAGAAUAAGGACGCGUCGCUGGACUUUCUCCCGGGUUGUGUCCUGAAUGUUCAACCCCGAAAUCUCCCCGAAGAUGUGCUUGCUUUUUUCAAGAUCACCGGCCUUGACCCAAAUAUUCGAAUCUCUGUGCGAACGCUAACCAAGGAGUUGCACCCUGGUCAGCACAUUGUCUCUUUUAGCCUACCUGGCCAGCUCGGACGCGUCUGCUCGUCGGAUGGCAUUUCCCUUGCCUGGCUCGCCACGCACUACUUUGACCUCAACUCCAUUCCCACACGCACCUUCUUUUCUGACUUCGCAGCUGCGCACAAAUGGCGGCCAACCGUCAGCAAGAUCGAUGAACGUGUCGCAAUGGAAUAUGACAGACUGAAGGAACUUGGACAGGCAUCCACUCCUGAUGCUGUGGAUGAUUUGUACGACUACAUUAAUCGCCCUCGCAGAAGUUUGAUUGAGGUUCUUGCGGACUUCCCCUGCACAACUUCUUUCAUCCCCGCUGAGCAAUGGAUCAACCUCCUACCUGGUCCCAUGUUGUCACGUGCCUACUCAAUUGCUUCUGCCUCGCCGUUAGUAGAAUUACUCGUUGCGGUGGUAACCUUUAGAACCCGAAUGUUAAGCCCCAGAAGGGGACUGGCAUCAACGUAUUUGGGACGUUGUAAGGUUGGCGCGCGAGUGUCAGCAUGGAUAUCACGCCCUUCCUACGGUUUCGACUUCAGCUAUAAUCUUUCCCCUGUUCCACGACCUCCUCCAUGUAUUCUUGUUGGACCAGGCACUGGUGUUGCGCCUUUUCGUGCCUUCAUACAGCAUCAGCACCGAUCAACACCUAUGGCAUUCAAUGUACUUUUUUUUGGUUGUCGUUUCUCCCACAGGGACUUUUAUUUCGAAUCAGAAUGGCGGACUUUGGAGGCAGAGGCAUCUCUUAAACUGAUAACUGCUUUUUCACGCGAAGGUAACCGAGUGCUGAACUCUAAAAACCGAACCUAUGUGCAGCACCGGAUACGUGAGAAUGCAGAGUUGGUAUGGUCAGUGUUAGGGGAGGCACAAGGAAGUGUAUUUGUCGCUGGCAAUGCAAAGAACAUGCCUGCUGCGGUGAGAGAGGCAAUCGUCGAUUCAGUAGAAAGGGGCGGUGGGCUAUCUCAUUACGAAGCUGAGUCAUUUGUCAGUAAUCUCGAGAGCUCAGGGAGAUACCAAGCCGAGGUCUGGAUGUGA